CAUACCCUUGUUGGGGAUUGGGAUCCUGAGAAAGGGGUGAUCUAUUGGAAAGGGGCAAUCGAGGACCCCAAUCGGGAUUCGAGGACGGACCGUUUGAUGAAUUGGGUUCGACCGGACAGCUCGCCGGGCCUGAGGCACCCGAUCCCCGAGCAAAACUUGAACAAGCUGAUACCCCAUUGGCCGCCGUUUAAAUUCCGUGCAAAAACUGGACACGGCCGCAGCUCUUCAGGGACAAGAAUAAGGACGCGUAGCCUUCCCACCGGGUUUCUGGGUAGCAGCCGUUGGGAAAACGAUCUCCCACCGGUGGCCUCCCGCCGUGAAUUCACCGCUCUUGAUAGUCCCUCAGCACCCACAAGUGGGAACCCAUGUGCAGCUUUCCGACUUCCUUUUCCAUCACAGAUUGCUUACCAAUUUUUCGUCUCCGGCACCAAAUAUAUUGGGCGAAGAAUAUUUGUACGGAUGACGGCACAAGCAGAUUUCUUACAACGGACCACCUCCUUAAACAAGGAUGACCUUAUCUCUUUGAGGGAUUCGCCUGAAAACUCACAUAAUCAAUCAAUUGAUACCUAUAAUUAUGUCGUUUGUUUUCAUACUAUAAAACACCAAAAGACCGUUGGCGGUGGCAUUGCCGGGGGAUUCAAGGAAGGACCGCUCGGCUUGAUGAAUAGGCUUCGACGCGUAGCCUUGGCUCCGGACUUCGGGGUCAAAGCCGUUGGGAUAGAACAAGAUAGCCCAGCGGUGGCCUCCCGCCGUGAAUUCAGGGCUCUGGACGCUUUGGAGCACGCACACCAUACCCUUGUUGGGGAUUGGGAUCCUGACAAAGGGGUGAUCUAUUGGAAAGGGGCAAUCGAGGACCCCAAUCGUGCACCGUAUCGUCAGGCAAUCCUUCUUCAGGUAACCAUUUUCAGGGGAUUCGAGGACGGACCGUUUGAUGAAUUGGGUUCGACCAGCCAACUCGCCGGGCCUGAGGCACCCGAUCCCCGCGCCGGGCUUGAACAAGCUGAUACCCCGAUGAUGGCCGCCGUCUGCAUCCAACAAUUCCGUGCAAAAACUGGACGCGGCCGCAGCUCUUCAGGGACAAGAAUAAGGACGCGUAGCCUUGCCACCAGGUUUCUGGGAGCCGUUGGGGUAGAAAACGAUCUCCCACCGGUGGCCUCCCGCCGUGAAUUCACCGCUUUUGACGGCCUGGCCGGCGUCCAGCCGUGCUUUGUGACGGGAGUAGUCCCUCAGCACCCACAAGUGGGAACCUUUGUGCAACUUUCCGACUUCCUUUUCCAUCUCAGAUUGCGUUGGGAUCCUGAGAAAGGGGUGAUCCACUGGAAAGGGGCAAUCGAGGACCCCAAUCGUGCACUACAGCUCUCCGGGCCCGAGGCACGCGAUCCCCGAGCAAAACUUGAACAAGCCGAUACCCCGAUGGCCGCCGUUGGCAUUCAACAAGUACAAUCCGUGCAAAAACUGGACGCGGCCGCCGCUCCUCAGGGCCAAGUGUGCCCCGUUCGGGUAGAAAACGAUCUCCCUCUGGUGGCCUCCCGCCGUGAAUUCACCGCUCUUGACGGCCUGGCCGACGCCCAGCCGUGCUCUGUGGCGAGAGUAGUCCUUCAGCAUCCACAACAUACCGUUUUUGUGGGUUGGGAUCCUGAGAAAGGGGUGAUCUAUUGGAAAGGGGCAAACGAGGACCCCGAUCGUGCACUACAGCUGGCCUUGCCUGAGGCACCCGAUCCCCGAGCAAAACUUGAACAAGCUGAUACCCCGAUGACUACAAUCCGUGCAAAAACUGAACGCGGCCGCCGCUCCUCAGGCACAAGUAUAAGGACGCAUAGCCUUUCCGCCGGGUUUCUGGGUGUAAGCCAUUGGGAAAAAGAUCUCCCAGCUGUGGCCUCCCGCCGUGAAUUCACCGCUCUUGACGGCCUGGCCAGCGCCCAGCCGUGCUUUGUGACGGGAGUAGUCCCUAAGCACCCACAAGUGGGAACCCUUGUGCAGCUUUCCGACUUCCUUUUCCAUCACAGAUUGUGUACCGAUUUUUCGUCUCCGGCACGAAAUAUAUUGGUUUACACCACCGAUGCACACACACCAACGCGCACACACAUUGCUCCAACCGGGAAUCCAGGACGGCGGUACGGCAUCGUUGAUACGGCGGCGCGAGAAGGUGCGAUAGCUCUAAACCUGCGUGCAGAGCAUUUGCUGCAGAAAUUGAAUGAAUUUGUCAAGAAAAAUGGGUCAAUAUGUCUUGAGGAUUCGGUAGAUGGGCCUGGAUAUGUAGCGGUCAUGAAUUCAAUCUUUUCUGCUCAACGUUCAAUGGUUCCUAUAGAAUCGGCAACCAAAAUUCAGCUUUCCUGCAGCAGUGAGGUUGUUCUCUUCUCCAGAAAGUUUUUGCGACUGAUUUGCAUUCUCGCGCCCUUUUACAACUUCCAAAGCAUGCAGGAGUUGACUUUCGAGCAUCGUAAUUGCUUCUGCAUGCCACAAAAACACAAUCGAUAUGGGCUUCAUAUCUUCCGUUUGUUUGUCAAUUUUCUGCAAGCACCAAAAGAAAUGCUCAACCUGUGGUCAGUGUUUGGUCAAACCCAAGCACAAGAAUCCUUGACACCCGACCGAAAUAGGAAAAUGGCGGUAACCAUUGUCGGGGGAUUCGAGGACGGACCUCUUGAUGAAUUUGGUCGAACCAGACUGCUCGCGGGGCCUGAUGCACCCAAUCCCCAAUCGAAUCUUGAAAAGGUUGAUACCCCAAUUGACGCCGCCGUCGGCAGCCAACGCGUACAUCGCGUGAAGAAACUGGACGCCGCCGCCGCCGCCGCCGCCGCUCCGCAGGGACAAGAAUAUGGACGCGUAGCCUUGACUCCGGGUUUCGGAGUCGAGGCCGUUGGGGUAGAAAAAGAUCGCCCAACGGUGGCCUCCCGCCGUGAAUUCUCUGCUCUGGACGGCCUGACCGGCGCCCAGCCGUGCUUUGUGGCGGGAGUAGUCCCUCAGCUCCCACAGACGUGUUGGCUUGUGAUUAGCCUCACGAGAUCGUCACGUGUUUCGUUGAUUUCAGAUAACAGAAGGAAGAUGACUCCAGUCUCAGCUAAGCUUUAUACAGAUGAUGUGAGUCUAUUGAUGGUACUUACUGAUACCAACCCAUUCUUUUGGAACUCGGUGAAAUCCACUCUCCUUUUCUCUAAGUUCUUCUCCAUAGCAUUUGCUGCUGAAUUUGUCAAGAAAAAUGGGUCAAUAUGUCUUGCGGAUUCGGUAGAUGGGCCUGGGUCCUCACUUCUAUUUGGAUCCCUCUCGAUGGCCUUAUAUUGUAUCCUUUUCACAAAAAAAAAGGAGAAAACGAAAAAAAUAGAUGGCUUCAUUUUGUAUUGUCUUUCGUUUAUGUGUCGGGCCACUUCACUCACAGCUUCGGUUAUCUCUGAAUUAAUGCCUGUAUUGGCAGAUACUAUACUUACAUGGGUCUCUGGAUGGGCCUGGAUAGUAGCGGUCAUGAAUUCAAUCUUUUCUGCUCAACGUUCAAUGGUUCCUAUAGAUUCAUGUGUAAUCGGUAAUCAAAAUUCUGCUUUCCUACAGCAGGCAGGGUCUUGCAUAACUGAAGGCGUGUAUGUGAAACCUCGAGUGUUGGAUGGUCUAUUUCAGUAUCUUUCGGAGCACAUACUAUAUAUUUUUUCCCACUCUGUGAAAGAUAGCGCAUGUCUACGGAUAAACCUGAAAACUGUUUCUGUAGUUUUCUUCUCCAGAAAGUUUGUGACUGAUUUGCAUUCUCGCGCCUUUUUACGACUUCCAAAGCGUGCAGGAGUUGACUUUCGAGCCUCAUAA